AAGGGUACCAGUCUACCUUAAUAUGACUUUUCUGUUGUGAUUUCCGUUCAAAGAUAUUUCCGCUUCCGGUUGUCAGCUGACAGGCAAACUUUGGACCGAAGAACAUUCAAGCGCCGUAAUAUUUGUUGAGUCUUAAACAAAGAAAUUUCCAACAUGGGGUCACUUUUCCGGAGUGAAGAGAUGACCUUGUGUCAGCUCUUUCUACAGUCCGAUGCUGCCUAUGCCUGUGUGUCUGAACUGGGUGAAAUGGGCCUAGUACAGUUUAAAGAUUUGAAUCCAGAUGUAAAUGCUUUUCAAAGGAAGUUUGUGAAUGAAAUUAUGAGAUGUGAGGAGAUGGAAAGGAAACUAAGAUACAUUGAGAAAGAAUUGAAGAAGGACAAACUGAAGAUCCCAGACUCUGAUUCAAACCCCAAAGCCCCAGCUCCAAAAGAAAUGAUAGAUCUUGAAGCAACAUUUGAGAAGAUUGAGUCGGAGCUGCGGGAGGUGAACACGAAUGCUGAGGCCCUGAAACGUAACUACCUGGAACUCACUGAGCUAAAGGAGGUCCUUACAAAAACUCAGACAUUCUUCAGAGAGUAUGGCGUGGGUGAGCAAGGUCAUGGUCACCACAAUGUUGUGGAGGACGCCCAACACGCCCUGGUACCGGAGGAGAGGGUCGGCUCUGUACAACUCGGGUUUAUAGCUGGUGUGAUACCCCGAGAGAAGGUUCCGGCGUUCGAGAGAAUGUUAUGGUUUGCGUGCCGUGGGAAUGUGUUCCUCAGACAGGACGAGAUCAUGCAGGCACUUGAGGACCCACACAGUGGCGAUGCCAUCCACAAGUCUGUGUUUAUUGUGUUUUUCCAAGGGGAACAACUCAAGGCUAGAGUGAGGAAAAUCUGUGAGGGGUUCCGUGCGACACUGUACCCAUGCCCGGAGACAGCCCAGGAGAGAAUGGACAUGCUACGAGGGGUCACCACCCGCCUAGAAGACCUUGAAAUCGUGUUGAAGCAGACCAAGGACCACAGGUAUCGAGUGCUGCUCAAUGCUCAGAAAGAGAUUCACAACUGGAUCAUCAAGGUGAAGAAGAUCAAGGCCAUCUAUCACACGUUGAACAUGUGUAGUUUUGAGCACUCACGUAACAAUCUGAUCGCUGAGUGCUGGGCACCCGCCAAGGUGCUGGAAGAGGUACAGGCUGCUCUCCGGCACGGCCAGGAGAUGAGCGGAAGCAGCGUGCCCAACAUCCUGCACAAAAUGAGCACUAAGGACAUCCCACCCACAUACUUCAUGACGAACCGCUUCACGAAGGUCUUCCAAAGUAUCGUCCAUGCUUAUGGAGUGGCUGGCUACAGGGAGGUAAACCCAGCUCUGUACACGAUCAUUUCGUUCCCUUUCCUGUUUGCGGUGAUGUUUGGUGACACUGGCCAUGGAUUCAUCAUGUUCCUGUUUGGACUCUGGAUGGUUGUCUCAGAAAAAAAGUUGGACCAAAAGAAGAACGACAAUGAAAUUUUCAAGAUGAUGUUUGGAGGUCGGUACAUAAUCUUGUUGAUGGGCCUGUUCUCCCUGUAUACGGGCCUCAUCUACAACGACAUCUUCUCCAAGUCACUUAACUUGUUUGGCUCUUCCUGGAAGUUUAACUACACGCAGGAGACGCUGGAUGGGUCAUUCUCCCUGCAGAUGAAGCCGGAAGAUAUUUUUGACGAUGCCACCACCGGGGCAUACCCUCUGGGGCUUGACCCUGUGUGGCAGGCAAGCAUCAACAAGAUCACAUUCACCAACUCUUUCAAGAUGAAGCUGUCAGUGAUCAUGGGCGUCCUCCAGAUGGCCAGCGGUGUCCUGCUAAGUGUCUUCAACCACCUGCACUUCAAGCACUACAGCUUUGUUCUGGUGCAGUUUGUCCCGGAGAUCCUGUUCCUGUUGUGUAUCUUUGGCUACCUACUUGCCCUUAUCUUCUUCAAGUGGCUCACCAUCAACGCCCACUGUGCUUCGUGUGCACCAUCACUCCUUAUACACUUCAUCAACAUGUUCCUGUACAAGUAUGAAGAGCCAGCAAACAUUAAUGGCACAGUGCCGGCCUUCCACUGUGACAACAUGGGACCGUUUGGAAAUUACUCUCAGUUCGAGAUGAAAUGCACGGGGCAAACCGUCUUCUACCCACACCAGAAAGAGAUCCAGACUGCGCUACUGUUGGUUGCAGUGUUGUGUAUCCCGAUUCUCCUGCUGGUGAAGCCGUUCCUCCUCCGUGCCCAGCACAACGCCAAGAUGCAGAGGAAAGCAGGUCUCGGCGCUCGGUCACACGAACAUUUGGUGUCCAGCGAAGUUCUUCCCGGACAGGAACCGGGUCCGGCAGAAAGUCAGAAAACUGGCAUUGAGUUGUCGGGUUUAUCAGCAUCCGAAGUGGACAUCAGUACAAGUGUAUCCAUCAAUGGGGGUCGGGGAGAUGCUGUCAUGACCAUGGAGGAGGAGGAAGAGGGGGAUGCAGAGGCUGAGUUUGACACUGGUGAAGUGUUUGUUGGUCAGGCCAUCCACACUAUCGAGUACUGCCUGGGUUGUGUUUCCCAUACUGCCUCAUAUCUCCGGCUGUGGGCUCUCAGUCUGGCUCAUGCUCAGUUGUCGGAGGUGUUGUGGAACAUGUUAUUCCGGAUGGGUUUGAAGAUGGACCUGCCAUAUGUUGGCAGUAUCCUGGUGUUUGCAUGUUUUGGAGCCUUCGCUGUCCUCACCAUUGCCGUGCUGCUGGUCAUGGAGGGGCUGUCGGCAUUCCUGCAUGCCCUCCGUCUUCAUUGGGUGGAGUUCCAGAGCAAGUUCUACCAUGGAGAUGGGUACUUGUUCGAUCCCUUCAACUUCAAGGAGCAGAUGGACCCAACACUUGAUGACCAGUAAGCCAGGCUGUGUGACUGCAAAUUUGUGUCGCCAAUGAUCCUGUGAUAAAUUGGGACCUGCUGUCAGAAGUUGUACUUCUAUAUAAUAUUAUAAACAUAAAAAAUGUGAACUUUAAAAUCCAAUUGCUUAUCCAAAAUCCCUUGUAUUCAAGUUUAAGUUUUUCAUUAUUUAAAUAGAUGCAAAAUGGUAUUGGUAUUUUGUAUUUGCUUGUCGAGUUUAAAAUGUGAAAUAUUCUAGUGUAUUGACCCAAAUCUUGAAAUACUGUACAAGUGUUCUAUCAUUUGUUAAAAACUUACUGUCAUUCGUCAGACUGACUUUUCGAUAUUUAUUAUUUAGAAUACAGUAUAUGUCCUAUCAAUGGUGCUUUUGAUAAAUUUUGUUUAAGUACGAUUUAAAAGUCAUAUUAAGAAAAAAAAUGUAAAAAUAUGUGCCUUAUGUAUAUUGUGCCUGUUUUUAUUCGAUUCACACUGUCCCAUCAGUCCAGAACAAAGUGUUCGCACAAUAACUUGACAAUGGUUUCAUCUACAAAUACUUUAGUUCAAUUGUAGUUGGCCCUUGACCAGUAGAUGACCCCUGUUUUAAAGUUUAGGGCGACUUUUUUAACAUUUUUGAUUUUUUUUUUGUAUGUACUGCAAAUUAAGAACCAUUUAAUGUCAGACUGUCAAACUCCAUUGGUAGGUUGCCCUUCAUCAGUAGAUGACCCAUGUUUUUGGGUCACUACCUUACUGUCAACAAUAUUUAAGAACUUUGUCUUGUAAAAAGUGGUCCCCUGCUAAAAGUAGUGUUAUUGCUAGUGAAAAUAAUCCAGAAAAAGGCUACUUCAUUGGACCAACAUCUGAGCGAUGAAGUUUCCAGAAAUUAGUUGUCGUUUUGGUUUUGUGAUUAUUAUUAUUAUCUUUAUGGUUAUUAAAGCUAAAUGCUCACAAUGUUUUAAUGUACAUUUACACUUUUGAUACAGUGGCAUUUGAAUAAUAUAUAACUGUCUUCCAUUCCUUAUAAAUAAAUAAAUGAAGUAGCAAAUA